AUGACAAGUUUUCUUCCUGUUUUCACCAACGAUUGGCUCCUCGACUACAGACCGUUUCCAGACAAGCCUAGCAAUGUGUUCGAGGAACAUUGGCAUGAGGUUGUUUUAUCGCUAUUGUUCUACGGCACGAUCCAUUUGUUAUCACCAUUUGUGAUGUCACGUUGGAUGGGGUCGCAUUAUACGACGCUUCCCAAACGAACCAGAGUCAACUUUGAUGUUCACGUUGUUUCCAUGGUUCAAUGUUUUAUAUCUAUUGCCAGUCUUGCACCCAUGUGGAAUCAUUCUCAUUGGCAGAACCGACUUAACGACCCCAAAAGUUCUAUUGAGGGAUCAACUCCGUAUGGAAGCUUUGUCGCCGCCAUCACCGUCGGUUACUUUGUGUGGGAUGUGAUUGUUUGUACGGUUUACUUUCAGCUUUUUGGUCUUGGGUUCUUGGUACAUGGACUUGCUGCCCUCUAUGUCUUUUCAUUUUGCAUGAGACCAUAUGCCCAACCAUGGAUCCCCGCAUUCUUGUUGUUCGAACUCAGUACGCCGUUUGUGAAUAUCAAUUGGUUCGCCUCAAAACUCCCCGCUGGAGUCAUUGGCUCCAAGACAUUCAUUAUCAAUGGUCUUUGCUUGUUGUUCACUUUCUUCACAGUGAGAAUUUUGUGGGGAUUCUACGCCGUGACCAUCGUUGCUCGUGAUAUGUUUGCAGUCUGGAAUGAUAAUCCAAAGUUUUUACCGGUUACAAUCUUAGGGUUGAAUAUCACCUUGGAUGUGCUCAAUGUAUUUUGGUUCCAAAAGAUGAUCAAAAUAGCCACCAAAAAGGCAAGAGGAAAUACAAGCACCCGUGCCGCGGCCAAGGAAACAGCCCAAAAGAUUGAAUAG